CUCUCCUCCAGGACAAUGGGGAGGAUGCCCACAGGAUCGCCCCCUCUCCGGUGGUCCACGUGCGGGGGCUCUGUGAGUCAGUGGUGGAGGGGGACCUGGUGGAGGCCCUGGAGAAGUUUGGCAACAUCUGCUACGUCAUGAUGAUGCCGUUCAAGCGUCAGGCGCUGGUGGAGUUUGAAGCUAUGGAGAGCGCCGACCAGUGCGUGACAUGCGGCACCAACGAAGCGGUCAACAUUGCCGGCCAGCAGGCCUUCUUCAACUACUCCACCAGCAAGAGGAUCACGCGGCCAACUAACGCCGAUGACCCCAACAGUGGCAACAAAGUCCUGCUCCUCUCCAUUCAGAACCCUCUCUAUCCCAUCACCACUGAUGUUCUAUACACAGUCUGCAAUCCCAUAGGCAACGUGCUGCGAAUUGUCAUCUUCAAACGCAAUGGAAUCCAGGCCAUGGUGGAAUUUGAAACUGUCAAAAUCGCCCAGAAGGCGAAAUCGGCUCUCAACGGAGCAGACAUAUACGCCGGCAGCUGCACCCUGAAGAUCGAAUACGCUCGGCCCACGCGACUCAACGUCCUCCGCAACGACAAUGAUAGCUGGGACUACACAAAGCCCUUUCUCGUCAGGCGAGAGCGAGGGAAGGGGAGGCAACGCCAGGCCAUUCUGGGAGAGCAUCCGUCCUCCUACAGCGACAACGGCUAUGGGUCACAUUGCCCCCUGUUGCCCCUGCCCAGCAAUAACAGGUACAAGAGGAGAUUCCCCCAUGACGCCCAGGAGGUGGUGGCCUACCCCCUGCCCCAGACCUCCUCCUAUAUGGGCCACGCCUCCAGCUCGUCGGUCGCCAUGGUGAGCGGCCUGCACCCCGCCAAGAUGAACUGCACCCGCAUCUUCAACCUCUUCUGCCUGUACGGGAAUAUCGAGAAGGUGAAGUUUAUGAAGAGCGUCCCAGGCACCGCACUGGUAGAGAUGGGAGAUGAGUACGCUGUGGACCGAUCCAUCACACACCUCAACAGCAUCAAGGUGUUCAGCAAGAGGCUCAACGUCUGUGUGUCCAAGCAGCACGCGGUCAUCCCCAGUCAGGUGUUUGAGCUGGAGGACGGCAGCAGCAGCUACAAGGACUUCGCCAUGACCCGGAACAACCGCUUCAGCAGCGUGGGCCAGGCGUCCAAGAACAUCAUCCAGCCGCCCGCCGCUGUGCUGCACUUCUACAAUGUCCCGCCCUGCAUCACUGAGGACGAGCUGCAGAGGUUAUGUACAGAGCACGAUGUACCCAGUUUCAUCAAGUUCAAAGUCUUCGAUGCAAAACCCAGCUCCAAAACUAUCUCAGGCUUAUUCGAAUUUGACAACAAGACACACGCUGUGGAGGUUUUAACAGUCCUCAACCACCACCAGAUCAGAAUACCAAAUGGUUCCAACCCUUACACCCUCAAGCUUUGCUUCUCCACUUCCUCACACCUCUGAGACCUGGAAAACCAAGAUGGCCGCCGCAUUAGUUCGCCAUCAACAAGGGGAGAAGCGGAUAGGGGAGAACGGAAUAGGACCCAACGAAGGAGAACGAAAGAAACAACGCGAGAAUGGAGAGUCAAAACACUUUUUCGGACCUGAGAAUGGAAAGGCGAGGUGUUAAAAACACUCAAGAUAAUUUCCCUCCCCUCAUAUGAGCUAUUUUAAUGGAUUUUUUUGUUGUCAUUUUUCAUUUGGUUACAAAAACUAUUUGAAGGAGCUGCGAGUGGUUGGGCUGACAGUUGUAACUGACAGAGGGAGAGGAAAGCUCAACUAUGCAUCCCGGCAGGGAUGCACUACAAUUGAUUUGAUGAGGUCAGAAUUUGACUUCUGUCUUUUUGUUGCGUGACCUAUUUUAGUGGUCAAAAGACAGUAGCCUACAGUACAUUUUCAUUCCUAAACUGAUGUCAAUGGCCAGUGGACAGUUUUACAACUUUCAGAAGGUUCCCAAAGUUGGACCAUGAGAACUGUAUACCCAGUGUUUCCCCUAUAUUAGUUUCUUCCUUAGGCAGGAUGCAAAAGCCCUCAAAGCAACAUCUAGGGCAGCUGGGAUAAAAAUUACAAAUUGAAACCAAUGGAUGACAAAACAAUUUAGGCAGUGGAGGGCUGCUCUAGCUAGGGGAAACACUGGUUGAAACUAGUGGAAAUGCGUGUGCCUAACUCUGCAAUAGAAGAGAUUACUCAGUGUUUGUAAAUGAACAACCCGUUCAAAGACUGUAAUUUAAAAUCACAUUAUAUUGUACAUAUGUGUGUAUAGCAGUUGAGUGGGUGUCCGGGCACUAUGUUAAUUAGAGCAGUUCCAAAAACACAUGUUUUCCACACUGUUUCUAAACUUUUUCUGCUGAUGGUCCUCUUCUUUGGAGGGCCAUUUGAAUUAAAACUAAAAUUAACACUUGA